UUACCUACUCCACUUUUCCAAUAUAACAGACAAAAACAUUUCAGUGGAUUUCACAUUUGUCUCGUGAAGAUUUUCCGGGAAAAUUAAAGUUUCCGCGAUUCAUGACCAAACACCCGCUGAAAUCCAAAGCUGUAGUUUCUCUCGGAAAUAAUUUGUUGUUUUUUGGCUCUUGAAUCACAUGGAUUUUGACAGGUUGAAGAGAUUGAGAUUCUUUUGUCCAGUUUUGUGAUCCAAACGAGACUUUGAAGUACUUGGAAAUCUGCAAAAGUGUAGAGACGGGAAAUUUUGUUUAUUAUGCGAGAUUUUACUUGAAUCAAAGAUAAUGUUGAGAAAGCUGGAGUCUAGAAAUAGUAAUAGGACUAUUGGGGAUUCGAAUAAUGGCCAGUUGUUACGAGACAUUGAGGAAAUAAGCAAAGCACUUUACUUGAACAAAACCUCUUCUUCAAAUGAUGUUCGAUCCAAAUCCGUUGGAAGAGUCCGUUUAUCAGAAUCCAAAUCAAGUUUAAACCCUGGAUUACUUAGGGAAGACUCGUUGUACAAGGAUAAGAAAACGUCGUCGAUAUGGAAUUGGAAGAAGCCUUUAAAAGCUCUCACGCAUAUUGGGAACAAGAAAUUCCAUUGCUGUUUUUACCUUCAUGUCCAUUCAAUCGAAGGGUUGCCACCGAAUUUUGAGAACCUUAGUCUUCGUGUGCAUUGGAAGAGGAAGAAUGAGGUGGUCCAGACUUCCUUGUCAAGAGUUUCUCAGGGCGCGGCUGAAUUUGACGAAACUUUAAUGCACCAGUGUUCUGUUUAUGGUAGUUGUGGAGGGGGCAAUCAUCCAGUGAAGUAUGAAUCGAAGCUUUUCCUCCUCUAUGCCUCUCUGAUGGAGGCUCCUGGACUGGAUAUUGGGAAGCAAUGGGUUGAUCUCACGAGCUUCUUACCGCGUACUUUGGAGGAUUUAGAAGGCGAGAAGAGCCGUGGUAAAUGGACAACCAGCUUUAACCUCUCGGGGAAAGCUAAAGGAGCUAAUCUAAAUGUCAGUUUUGGCUUCUGGGUAAUGCGAGAUAAAUUAGAUAACUUGAGUGGUAAUUCGAAUUUUCCUAAACUUUUAAAUACAGUGCAUACUAGGCCUACCAUGGACAAUAGUGCUAGUUCGAGUCCUAGUGAUUAUAGCAGGAUGCUUCGGCGAGUUGGCACCAUUCAAGGUACUGUAAAUUAUGGGUCUGAGUUCUUAUGUGAGUAUUUUGAUGUUGAUGUCUGUCGUGAAGUGUUGCUGAGAACAGGGUUGGAGCUCUCCAAGUCAAUAGAUUGUCUUUAUCAGAAACUUGAUGAGGGGAGUUUGUGCAUUUCAGCAGAGGCUGAUUAUCAACAGUUGGAGCAAGACAAACCCAAACUCGACCUUGACUUUGUGCCUGCUGAAGAAAUGGAAGGGUAUGACUGGGACAUUACUGAGUUUAGCGUUACUGAAGUGGGGACUGAAAUAGCUGAACAUGAGAAUUUGGAGGCGAACCAAAUUGCUGGUCAUACCUUCGAUGGACCUGCAAUUGAGACAAUCAAUGUGGAUGAGAUCCUUAAUGAUUGUGAUUUAAAUUUCGACAAGGAGACAAUAUCUAUUUCCAAGGAUGACAAUUAUACAAAUUGCCGGGAUGAGGCGGUGGUGGAUGACAGGAAGGAUGAAAGAAAUAGCAACUAUACCAGAGAAUUGAGCACAAAAGAACUGAAAUCAGCUGGCAACAGUCGGUUGAUUUCAGAAGCAGCAGAUUUGGACCGUCCAAUAGAUUCAAGAGAGUUCAUUGAGCAACAAAAUCACACGGAAGUUAGAGCGAACUACAAAGCCAAUAGAUCUUUUAAAAAAUCACUUAGCUUGGAUGAUGUUGCUGAAUCUGUGGCAAGUGAUUUCUUGAAUACGUUAGAAGUGGAUCAUGGAUCAUUUGUCACAAGUUCUGAUGGUGAUCCAGAGUCUCCUCGAGAGCUUCUUUUGAGGCAGUUUGAAGAGGAGGCUUUAGCUUCAGGAAGCUUCAUUUUUGAUUUUGAUGCAAAGCAUGAGGAGUUGGAAUUUGGCUACAAAACUGUAACUGGGUUCAAAUGUCGGGAUCACUCUGGGGAUUCUGAGUUGUCUUUGAUUGUUGAGGAUGAUGAAGAGGAGAAUAAAAGGGUCAGUGAGUUAUUAAAGAGAAGGAAGGCCAAACUUCUAGAAGGCUUGGAAACUGAAGCUUUGAUGCGAGAAUGGGGCCUAAAUGAGAAGGACUUUCAAAAUUCUCCUCGUACUUAUUCUGGUGGAUUUGGUAGUCCAAUUGAGCUUCCCCCUCAAGAGCGAUACCAAUUACCUCCACUUGAAGAAGGCUUUGGUCCUUGUGUUCAGCUGAAUAAUGGAGGCUUUCUGUGGUCCAUGAGUCCUUCACUUUCCAGGAAUGCAAAAAAUGAGGGGAGCUUAAUCAUUCAAGUCUCUAAUCCUGCUGUUCUACCUGCAAAAAUGGGUUAUGAUGUUAUGGAGAUCCUGCAAAAUUUGGCACUGGUUAGAGCUGAAAAGCUGUAUUUGCAGCUCAAUGAAUUAAUUCCUUUAGAGGAUAUUACUGGGAAGACAAUAAAGCAGGUAGCAUGUGGUGCAGCUUCAAGUUCGACGAAACCUCAGAGGAAAGUUCUGCUGCAGCAUGAUUCAAAUGGUGAAAGGAAGGAAGUUCAUGGAUUUCAACCUGGUUGGGAUUAUAAGGAUUAUAGAACAGGUUUUAUCAGUGAUGAGAUACCCUUGGAGUUCGCAUCUCUUGAAGAUCUUACUCCUUUGGUUGUGAAUAAGAUUGAAGCCUUCUUCCUAGAAGGCUUAAAGAUACAGUCUCGAAUGUCAAAUGAGGAGCCACCUUCUUGCAUAUAUUCCCAGUUCAUUGAGAAGACGUCAGCCUCUGGGGAUAAAAGUAACUUAAUUGGCCUUUCUAUAACAUUAGAUGAUUGGUUGAGGCUAGAUGCUGGAAACUUUGGUGAUGAAGAACAUAACAUUGAGCAUAUUGAAAAGGUCCUCGAUGCCCAUCAUGCCAAGUGCACGGAUUUAGCCCGUGGAAAGUUGAAACAAGAUGUCUGCUUUUGCGAAGCAGCUCGUAGAAAGUGUGGCUUGUUGGGAAACAACCUCACAAUUGCUCAUCUGGUGCAACUUAGAAAUCCCCUUAGAAACCAUGAGCCUGUGGGUGUUCCGAUGCUUCUUCUGAUUCAAGUGGAGCGGGUAUUUGACCGUUUGAUGCAAAAAGGGAAUCAUAGUGUGGUCUCGAAGUGUAGCGAGGAUGAAGAAAAAGAUCAGCCACCAGUAGAGGAGGUAAGCAGUGGGAAGAAAGAGGAGGCAGUCAAACAAGAUGAAGAGAGUCCCCAAUUCCAAAUCAUUGGGGUCCACCUUUCUGGUGUCAAUACAGUUCCCCCCAACAAGCUGGUCUGGGGGACAACAACACAGCAGCAAUCCGGAUCCCGUUGGCUGCUUUCUAGUGGCCUGGGUAGAUAUAUUGGAUACACAUCAAAGUCAAAGGCAAUUGUGAAAUCAUCCCCUCUGGGGAUACUGAAGGUACAGCCUGGGGAUAUCUUAUGGAGCAUCUCAUCAAAUGUUCAUGAAUUGGGAUCUAAUUGGACGGAUUUGGUAGCUCCACACACCCGAAAUCCAGAUGUUAUAGUUCGAAGUGAAGAUAUUAGGCGCAUAUAACACGCAAUUUUAGUUCCUUUGAAUGGAGCUCUCCUCUUGUAUACAGAAAUUUGUUUAUUGGAGUGAAACAUAACAAAAAGCUUGUUAUAUUACCUUU